GAUAAAGUGGCGCUCAGUAGGCUACUAAAACAUUCUCACAGUGAACACUGUUCAAAAAGCCGGCACUGAAACCACACAUAAGAAAUUUUAAAGGAAAAUUCUAAUAAAAAUAAGUUGUAGAAAAGAUGGCUUCAGAAGAAGAGGAGGAAUACACAGAGGAGGAGACCAACGAGGCCAUGUUAUUCAUCCGGAAGAACGAGCUGCCCAUGUCAGAGUUGGGUUAUGCGCUCAAGUACGUUCGGAUUCUACACGGCUCCCAAACCGAUCAGGCAGUGCCAGCCCCAUUGCCCCAGAACCAAGUUCCUGAGGUGGAGCCACCGCCUUUGGACUGGAAGGACAAUGAGCUCCAACCCCUAGCCCGGCACCUAUAAAGGUGUUACGUUGCUGAUAGUGUUAUAUUUGAUUUGUGUUAACUGCCUUGGGAGAUUUGUUUACUGAAAUAAAUUAACUCCCAAAAGGCAUUUUAAGCCCUGCGGCCAUAGAAGAGUGCA